GGAGUACUCCAGGCAAAGAACGAAGAGCAAGAGCAAUUGCACCGGCUAUACCACCAACCAGAUCACCAUGUCUUCAUCACCAUCACCAACACUGUACAUCAAGAACCUGGACAACCACGUCAAAAAGGAUGAUCUCCGAUUAUGUCUCUACUGCCUGUUCUCGACAUACGGGCCCAUAUUAGAUGUCGUAGCACUGAAGACCAAAAAGAUGCACGGACAAGCACAUAUCGUCUUCCGGGACGUUCUUUCCGCAACAACGGCUAUGCGCGCAUUGCAAGGACAGGAAUUCCUCGGGAAGGAGCUGAGGAUUGAUUACGCACGGUCGAAGAGUGACGCAACUGCCAAGCUGGACGGGACGUAUAAGAUGCCGCAAGUGAUUGCAGUGCAGGCUCAGGAAGGAGAUGUAUCGGCGCCGCAUGGUGUCAAGAGACCAAGAGAUGAUGACGAAGAAGGGGAAGCGGAUAUGGAGGAGUAGGGGAGCAAGGUGAUGGAAAAGGACAGGAAAAUAGGUGGGUCCAGAAACGCCAGAAGGGAGAUGUUCUCUGAGACGUAUUGCAAAACGCAGAACAAAUGCCGGCAGCUGCACAAGAUUACGGACUGUCACAUCGACGGAUUUCACACGGGAAACAUGAUAUCAGGAUUGAAAAGCUAAGAUAUACCAACGCCAUGCAAGCAUGUCACAGAGAGAUACACAAUAAACGACCAAUUGAGCA